CGGCCAAAGCUCGUUGGUAACCAGAAUUUAAAGACUGGGAACUCUAGCUGCAAGGCUCAGGUUGAGGCUAGCUACAUGCGUAUAAGUAGAUGGGAAUGGAAGUCUCGAUACGAGCGGAUGGUGAAGCUGGCACUGGGGGGGACAUGGGUAUUAGCGAAAAUUGAUGCCCUUUCAGGAAAGACCAGGCUUCCUGCUCGUAUGGGCCAAACAUUAAGUAUACACCGACGAUGA